CCUUGCAACACCACUUCAUUGAAUUCUUGCCCACAAUCUCAACUCGCUUCAUUUCUUGCCAUCUCUUUUAUUUCAUGCGAUCAUGCAAUCCGUCCAGCGCCAAUUCGGCAGGUUCAUGAAGCGGUCGGCCGACGACAGCCAAGUGGCUCUUCUUUUAAAGGAUUUUGACCAGGUGGACAAAUUGCUGGAUAAGAUCGUUGAUUCGACUAAGGCCUGGCGCGAUGCGUGGUCUUCACUACUGACCCAUCAAGAUCGUAUGCUCGUCGAGUUCGAGAGUCUAUAUGCUCCGAUCAUCGGGUCAACAGAGCCUACUUCCCACACGCCAGUCCCAACUCCAGAGGCCACGCUGGCGAGGACGACAAAGCUGAAGACGGAAUAUGAGGACUUGACGAGCGAUAUUCUUCACGACUUGGCAGCCAUUGACCAGCAGAUGAUUGCGCCCGCCUCGCAGGCUAAAGAGUGCUUGGUUCCAUUCAAGAAAGCUAUAAAGAAGCGGGAUGAUCGAAAGUUGGAUUACGAACGCCACCAUGGCCGCGUUGAGAACUACUCGAAAAGAACCAAGCGAUCAGAGCGCGAAAACGCAUCCUUGCUGAAGGCGGAGGAGGAUCUGGCGAGAGCAACAGAGGAAUACCAAGCAGCAGAUGAGCAUCUCCGACAGCACCUACCCCCACUAAUCACCGCCGUGUUCUCCCUACUGCCCCGCUUGUUGUCGGCGCAGAUCCAGAUCCAGAACAACAUCCUCGCCAAUUAUUAUACUGUAAUAUACGGCUACUGCGAGCAGCAGCAGUACCCGUUCGAUCCACCCCAACCACUGGAGCAGACCGUUGCGCAAUGGGAGCAAGCCUGCCACCCCGUGCAACAGCAAAUUGAGAGUUUCGCCUGCCUCGCCAACGGAAAGGCUGUCCGGUCAAAUUCGCAACCCUCGAAUGACCGCCGUCCCAGCGUUCCGCUCAACGCACUUAAUCGAUUUCGCAGCAGUCAUAGCACUCCAACGCAGCACGCUCAGUCAGACCAUGAUAAGCCCACCAUCGGUGCUCGAUCGAAAUCGACAUCGAACGCGUUGUCCUCUCAUAGCGCGGAUCCCUUGAGUAAACAUACAUCCCCGUCGUCUUUGACUGAAGCGCAUGCCUCGCUACAUCCAAUGACCGCGUCCCACUCCGCUUCAAAGCCAGAUAGCCUCUCACCACCAAUACCUCUAGCGAGCAAACCAUCAUUGUCCGCUUUGGCGGGUAAGAAAAAACCCCCGCCUCCUCCUCCAAAGCCGCGCAGUGCGUCCUCGAACAUGUUCGUAACAGCGCUCUAUGAUUUCGGUGGACAGGGCGAAGGUGAUCUGGUGUUUCAACAGGGCGAUCGCAUCCGUGUCCUGAAGAGGACGGAUAGUACGGAUGAUUGGUGGGAGGGUGAGCUUCGUGGUGUCAAGGGCAGUUUUCCGGCAAACUAUGUGGAGUAA